GUAAUAGUUUUUUAAAUAGUUACAAAUAAUUAUAAUUUAAAAAAAAAAAAAAUGAAUUUUAUAAAAACAUUUUUAUUUUUAUUUUUUUUAAUUUCAUGCACAUCAGUCAAUGCUCAUGGUGGUCAUGGAGGUGAUGGGACAUGCGAAACAGAAUCCCCACAUGAAUAUGAUAAGGGGUUACAUAUUGCUGCCGUUUUUAUUAUUUUAGCUUGCUCUGCUCUAGGUGCUAUUAUUCCAAUUCUUUCAACCAAUUUCAAAAUGUUCCGUAUUCCAGAUUAUUGUAUUGCGGUAGGGAAAGCUGUUGGUCUAGGUGUAGUUUUAUCUUGUGCAUUAAUCCAUAUGUUGUUACCAGCUGUAGAGUCUUUGUCAUCAGAUUGUUUACCAGAAGAUUUCGUAGAAAGCUAUGAGGCUUAUGCAUAUCUUUUUUGCAUGCUUGCUAUUAUUGCAAUGCAGUUUAUUGACUUUGCCUUCAUGGAGUAUUUGACAUACAGCGAAAAUAAAAGAGCAACUCUCAAAGGUGAAACAUCACUCAAAGAUAUUGACGAAAAAAGAGCCGAAUGCCAUGGUCAUGUUCACUCCACAAUGUUAAUGGAUCCAGCUGCUUUAAAAACCAUUGAGGCCUAUCUUUUAGAAUUUGGUAUUAGUGUCCACAGUGUAAUGGUUGGUCUAACUGUUGGUGUAGCCGAUAAUCAUACCCUUAAAGCUUUAUUAGUUGCCCUUUCAUUCCAUCAAUUUUUUGAAGGUGUUGCAUUAGGUUCAAGAAUUGCAGAUGCCAAAUUAAAAACACAUUGGCAUGAAGCUCUUUUAACAACAAUCUUCUCUGUAUCAGCCCCGAUUGGUAUCGCAGUUGGUAUUUCAGUAUACCAGUCACUUAAUGUUAACGGCAGUGAUUUCCUUUUGGUCAGUGGUGUAUUGGAGGCAGUCUGUGCAGGUAUUCUAUUAUAUAUCGCAGGUUCUCUAUUGUUCAAAGAUUUCCCAGUAGAUUUAGAUAAGCAUUGCAGUGGUAAAAAAUAUAGUUUUUUAUUAAAGUUGGGUUUGUUUGCAGGUUUUUGGGUUGGAAGUGGUGCUAUGGCUAUUCUUGGUAAAUGGGUAUAAAAAAAAAAAAAAAAAAAAAUUACGAUUAGGUAUUAAUUAAUUUCAAUACCAUUUUCAAUUUGUAAAUAAAUAUAAUAAAUAAAAAUUAAUUUUAAAAUCAUUUAUUUUUCUAAAAAUAAAGUUUUAUUAU